CAAUCCGGUUUGGCAAGAGUUUCUCUCUAAGGUCUGAGACCUGCGACAAUCUGUGACUCCAUUGGAUUUACCAUUCCUCUUGAAGUUGUGGAUCGUUUUUGAUGAUUUUUGUUUCGUUUAGAUCGACAUCAACUGCGUUUUCAGAAUAUUAAUAUUCUGUCGAGGAUUUGGGGCUAAAGUAUAGUCAAUUGAAGAUUGAGAACCACGAAGUCACUGUUCAUAGAGGCAGACCCCAGAAGGUGUUUUUGAAGGUUUAUUGGCACAGAGGACACUUGAAAUCACUAUUGAGUCAUUGACAUGUUGGCUACGUAUAAAAUUGAAGCCAAACAUCAUUACCUUCAUGAUUUGUUAUUGUUGUUAUUAUAUAUCAUUAUUAUUAUCUAGGCUAAUGUAGAGUCUCUUAGCUUUAUUACAUAAAUGUGAUUAUGUUAUGUUGAAGUAUUUUAGGGUUGGCUUUCUCACGUUUCUUGAUUCGAAAACCGUGGUCUAUCUAUGACUUGAUUUUGAAUGUAAUUUAUUGGUCACCUAAGUUUUCAUUUGUAGAAUACUCUACCAAGACCCCAGUUUGGAUAGGGCUUCAGAGCUGCCCUUACACUUGUUUAAUAAAUUUGCAUAGUUCUCUAUAGUGAACCUUGUUGGUGUUCCCUUGAAUAUUAUUGUUUACCCAUAAACCUCACUAGUUUUUGAAACAAUAGGACAGAACAUAACUUGUUAAAGUUUAUCAUUAUGUUAUUAAACCUAUAGAUGACUCUGAUGUGGCUACUAGUGCUUGUUCUCCUAUUGUGUUCUUCGCAAAUGAGAGCCUUAGUGUGAAUGUUAUUGCCCGAACUGAUGCAAUCCUAGAUGAUGAAACAUUAUCAACAAAAGAUGCUAAUGAGGUUACUCUUGCAAGCUGUAACAGAUUCUGUUUAUAAACCUAUAGACUCCAUAUUGUGGCUAAUAGUGCAGGCACUCUUGCUUUUGACUUGUUUUUGUUUUGUUUCCUAAGACCCUUAAUUCAGUUCUUUGUUUUGAAAGAGGUAAACUUUCUGCCUACAACAUGUAGGUUUCAUUGGUGGUACUUCUUCAUUGGCACACAAACUCGUGAUCACUGCAAGCCCCAUUGACUAGUGGGUUAAUAUUUUCCUCUGAAGUGGGAAUUGUCCACUUAUUCUGGUUUGUGCAAGCCUUUUAGCAGUUUUGAAUCCAGUUGGAAGUGGAAGCUGCACCAAUAUAUCAGUAGCCAGUUCAAACAGGAGUCAAAACUGCACUAUCAGUAGCCGGUUCAAACAGGAAUCAAAACAGGAAGUGGAAGCUGCAUCAAAAUAUGCAUCAAAAUAUCAGUAGCCGGUUCAAACAGGAAUCAAAAUAUCCAGUUGGAAGUGGAAGUGAUGCUGGUCAAGAGGUUUUGUUUUCAGUUUGCUUGAAACUUUUCAAUUUCCAGACUAUCAAUAGGAGUCCAAACAAGUUGGCCUCAGGCCACAUCCCUCAUUUUGGCAGCUUCCCUUUUUGACAGAGUAAAUGUUAUAUAUAUAUAACAUUCAUACGCCUCCUAGAAGAGGGCGAAGAAGUACUUGGUCCUGAAAUACCUAAUUCAAGUGUGAACUUAGACAGUGUUGAUUUUAAUGCUACAAUGUCUGGAUUUGAUGAUCGUGAAUGGAUGUAUAAUAAAUUUGAAUCCGAAGGUGUAGUUAGUAAAGAAUGGGUUGACAAUGUCAUGAAGUUUGUGGAUAUUUGUUCCUCGAAUCCCAAUGCUGAUCGAUCUAAGAAUAACAUGCGUUGUCCGUAUGACAGAUAAAGGCAAGGGUAAGAAGCAAAAGAGCUCGAAGAUGCCAUAUUUUGUUAGUUCGGCGAGGGAUAGCUUGAGACUUCUACGACAGAGUUUCAUGACUCGAUCCAGAGAUGAUGCCGAAGUAGGUUGUAGCAACCCCUUGGCUAAUACGUCCACCCCUGAGAUGGAUGCAUCAGCAUCACCUCCGACCACAGAACAUGAUGUUGGCGACCGAGAAGAGGAGGACGAUGAGGAGGAUGAGCAGUUGGACCAACUUGUGAGGGAUCAACAUGUAUACGUUGCUCAUGAUGGCAAGGUUAAGAUCACUACUGCUGUGUGCCACCUAAUCACACUCUCAUUUUAUUUGAGGGGGGAUCCUGAAGGGAAAAAGUGGAAGAAUAAUGGCCCAGAGACGCGAGAUUUUUACUGGCGAGAGUUCCAGAAACACUGCAGCUGGGAUCGUCGCAUUCCUUGUGAUAUGGUCAGGAAUGCUUUUAUGCGUCGGGCGGGGAGAUUGUAUAGUCGCUUUACGUAUAAUCAACGUAAUGCGAGAGUGGUUCACAAGAAGCCCCCUGCUGAGCUUAUUGGUCGUUGGGACAAGUUUUGGAAUUCCAAAGAAUUUAAGCAAGAAUCUGAAGUGAAGAAAAAGAAUAGAAGAAAGGGAAGGAAUGAAGGCGUAGCUAUAGGGACCUAUACUGGAGGGUCAAUUCCUUUCUCUGAACACCUUGCCCGAUUGGCUCAAAAGUCUGAAGCUCCAGUAACAGUGGUGGAUGCUUUCAAGCACACCAAGACGAAGAAACAUGAUGGAAAAAUAUGGGUAGAUCCAGAAAAUGCACAACUUGAGGCUGAUUUUGUACAAUUGAAACAAAUGGCUGAGGAAUCAGGCCUUCAAAAUAGGUUGCUGAUAUCUGGUGCAUUUGCGACGGCUUUAUUCCGUCGCAAGUACAACGACAUAUUGGUUUCUUAUGCUGGGAGCAAAGCUAUCCUUUUAAUGAGUCAAGAAUCUGCCCAUGGACAAGGCAAGAACAAUGAACACGUCAGUGUUCAUACUGAAGCAUCUAGUUUCACCCCUCCCAUCCAAAAUGAACCUGUCAAUCAACAAAAUGUUGGGAAUAACCCGAACGCUGGUGGUCAACCCGACCUUGUGAUCCCAACUUUUCUGGCCAAUGUGUUACAACAAAUAGCCAACGCGCCGAUGUUUCAACCACCUCCACCACCGCCACCUCGAGUGAUAACCUACAAAACGCUAAGGGAUAACGGUGCAGAAUUAUUCCUUGGGGAUCGCAUCGGUGAACCCCAAAUUGCAUGGGACUGGAUCGAGCAGACUGCUCGAGUGUUGAAGGAUCUCAACGUACCUAUAGACAACUACCCUCGACUGUCUUCUCAACUGCUGCGCAAUGAAGCCUACGAGUGGUGGAAGAGAACCGAUGAGAGUGCGGGAACCCCUAAGCCGUGGACUUGGGCACAUUUCGAAUGGGCAUUCAAGCAAGAAUAUAUUCCGAAACGUUUUAGUGAGGAAAAACGUAAGAAAUUUGUGGAGCUGGAACAGGGAAACAUGGCACUCCCUGAAUAUCGUCAGAAGUUUACCAAGCUUGCAAAGUUUGCGCCAACCUUGGUGAGUACCCCAACCGAUCGCAUUGAAGAAUUCAGGACGAAACUUCGACCUGACCUGAGGUCACGUGUGUCCGUCUUAACCACUGUGGACUUCGCAGAGGCCUACGAGAUCAUAGCCAGGGCGGAUAGUGACCUGAAUGCUUGCAUAGAAUACCUAAAGGCAAACAAUGCUGGCCCAAACACUUACCAUCCCACUAAUUCUGCCUCAAAAGGAAAAAGGCCAUUCCAGGAAUCUAGUAACUCACAUUUCUCUAAAAAGGGAAAAUUUGUGCAAACUCAAUCGAUGGCAUCCGUUGAUAGAUCCAGGAAGCGAAAGUAUCCUGCUUGCGAACACUGUGGAAGGAACCACCCUGGAGAGUGUUGGCUGAAACAAGGGUUGUGCCUUGGCUGUGGAAAACCAGGACAUUUCAAAAAGGAGUGCCCUACAAACCCUGGAGAACCAUUUCCAUCUGCUCCUGUUGCUAGCCAGUCUCCAUCAGCACGACCCGCACCAAGUCAACGCUCAACAGCGGGGUCUAAGCCAGCCAAGAAUAAGAACCAACAACAAGGACGAACUCUUGCUCGUACAUAUGCAAUGAAGGCACGAACUGAGGAAAACCCUGACGUCAUUCAGGGUAUGGACAUCAGUUCUCUGCCAAUCUUGUCGAAUUACCGUACAAAGAAUUUGACAUCAUCCUUGGAAUGGAUUGGCUCACCGAACACCAAGCAAUUAUCGAUUGCCGACGACGAGCAAUUCAACUAAAGUCUGGAGAGGGAAAG